UCUAGUAUCCUUGGCUUCUUCGUAUGGGGAUUCCCAAAAUCUUCGGGUGCACUCCUCGCAGCGUACUUGCAGGAGCCACUCUACAGUUCACAGAAGCACGCAAUGUCCACCCUGCCGCUGAUUGGCACCCUCUCCACAGGUAUUUUGUAUUGCUCAGGUAUCACCUCCCCUUGUACAAGUUUCCCCGGGUCGACUGAUCGCCGCCUGCAGGAAUUGUUAUUUAUCCGCCAAUGUAUUAUUACCCGCGCCUUCGCAAGCCGUACCUGUUGUCUGGGGUUUUUAUUUGUUUUCCUAGCUUGCUCGGGGCAAGCUUUACCACGAACGUAUGCGUCCCUGGUCUACUACCCUAUCCUCUCGUACUUGUCCGAAUGGUUUGUGCAGCGCCGGGGCUUGGCAAGUGGGAUUGUUGUUGCAGCUGACAAUGCCGGCGGUGUUCUCUUUCCCAUCAUCAUACCGGCCCUUAUCUCGCGCUUCGGAAUCAUGUCAACAACGCGUAUCUACGCAGUCGUACUGGCAGUAUGCCUGUUGCCCGCGAUCCCAUUCAUGAAGGCGCGUCUUCCCGAAUCGCCCGUGCACGGUUCCACACUGCGCUCAGCGACACGUUCGUGGAUGCAUGACCGCAGGUUCUGGUUCUUCAUUGUGAUCAACACGCUCCAGGGCUUCGCACACUUCGUGCCUCUCAUCUGGCUGCCAACAUUUGCAACCUCGCUCGGCCUCACGACAAGUCAAGCAUCGUUGACGCUGACACUUUCCAAUGCCACCGCCAUCAUUGCCGGGUUCGCAGUGGGUUGGCUCAGCGAUCGGUGCAACAUCUGGGCGCUCGCGUUCUCAGUGUUGCUGCUCAGCUCGCUCGCAACACUCGUGCUGUGGGGUGUAACAUCGUUCUCGUUCGCCGGCGUCCUCGCGUGUGCCGCUGUGUACGGCAUUACCGCGGGUAGCUGGUCGAGUCUGUGGAGCGGAUUUGUGCGGCCUAUCGCGCUAGGCGACCCAUCUGUUGCGACCACAAUAAUCAACUUCAUGAUGCUGAGCCGAGGGAUUGGGAAUAUCGCGUCUACGCCAAUUUCUACUGCCCUUCAGCAAGCGAAGCUUGUAGUUGUACUGGGCAGUGGCGCGACAAAGACCGGCUUCGCAGUCGAUGGCGGGCGGUACACUGCGGUCAUCGUCUAUACUGGGGCAUGUUUUGCGUGUGCGUCGGCUGUCACCAUUCUGGGCUGGUUUUUGGACAGGAGACGAGGCAUGAAGCGAGCUGACGAUGUACGCAGCAACUAG